AUGGCGCCCAAAAUCUUCCUCACUGGAGUUACUGGCUACGUUGGUGGCACUACGUUCGCCAUGUUGCAUGAGACUCACCCAGAUUACGACUACACACUCUACGUUCGAAACCAAGAUCGUGCCAAAGUUAUUGCCGAAAAGUUCCCCAACGUCAAAUUCGUGUACGGCGAUCUUGACAGUGUUGACGUUAUUGAGAAGGCGGCUUCUGAAGCUGAUGUUGUCGUCCACACGGCUAACUCUGCGGACGCACCCGAGGCUGCCAAAGCCAUCACAAAAGGCCUGGCCUCUACCCAUACAGCCGAACGCCCAGGAUAUUACGUUCAUCUCUCAGGUGCAGGUAUCCUUACUUGGUAUGACAUCAGGCACAAUCGCUACGGAGAACCACCUCUUCUCGGGCAGAGCUACGGCGAUAUCAAGGACAUUGACCGUAUCCUGAACUUGUCCGACGAAGCAACCCACAAAGAUGUUGAAACAAUUAUUCAGAGCAUCGACUCGGAGGCCGUCAAAUAUCUCAUGGUAUCUCCUCCCGUAAUUUACGGAGCAGGCAGAGGUUUGGUUCACAAGCAGAGCUUCGCGAUUACAGAGAUAGUCAGAGCAACUGUCGACCUCGGCUACACCCCAAUAAUCGGGGCUGGCAAGGCAAAAUGGGACAAUGUCCAUGUUGAGGAUCUCGCAGCGCUCCUCGCAAAGGCUGUGGAAGCAUCACAGGCCUCAUCCAAGGAAGAAAACGACUCGGAAACCUGGGGUAAAAAGGGCUACUACUUUGUCACCACAGGAGAACACCAGUGGGAUGAUCUCGUAUAG